AAAUAUUAAUAAAAUUAAUUACAUUUGUGAAUGUUAUAAAAUUCAUCAGUGCGAAUUACGAGGAGGAAAAUAAUAAAAAAUCUGUUAAUGGAUUAUUACGUGUAAGAAGCAGAUAAGCUGAACAACUUUGUUUUACAAUAAUAUAAGAAAGCGAUGUACAAUCAUCAAUGCCCCUGCUGCCUAAGGGGUACUUUGCCCAACGAUUACUGUAACACACGAACUGCGUCGACGACGACGAGGACGACGACAAAGGCAACAGAUUUCAACCACAAACAUAUUGCUGCCGAUGAGCACACGGAGCAUCGUCAGACAACAACAUCGACACCGCAAAAUCGAAAAAUUUUCUCGUCAAAUGAAUUAUUGCCGCAGCAACACGACGAGCACGAGCAAUCAUCAAAAUAUUUUGAUGUGCGUUGUCAAAAUCUAGCCAUUUAUUCUGUCAGUGAUCCAUUACACAUUAAUAGCUGUAAGCGGAGCAAAUGUUGUCGGCAACUGCAAAAUGGCAGAAACACAAGAAUAAAUCAGUUGUUGCCCCCUUCCAAUUGUAAUCAAAUUAAUUGCAAUCGAUGUUGUUGUAGUUGUUGUUCUGUAACUGCCAGUCCCGCAGACAACGCGCGUCAUCAAAGCGAUACGCAUCGCAAAAUUGAUGAAAACAGUAUAUUAGCCUGUAGUAAUAAUAAUUCGAAGCGUCAUGUGAUGACGAGGACGAGUUGUAAUCGAUUUAGUGACGACGAGGCCCGCAGUAGAAACGACACAAACAUGUCCCGUGAUAGUAAUUGUAAGAGGAGUAAGCAAAAGGAGUUAGGAAUUUGGACUGAAUUACUGAACAACAGCAAACGGAAAGUAGUAGCUGGCAAGUCGGUGACGAGAGCUGCCUCAAUAUUCUCAAGCAUAUUCUUAUUAUUUACAUUACUGCCGUCAUUUACAUUAGGAGUGCCAAAAGUAGGAACAGCAUAUGCUUGCGAGGAUAAAACGUUGACAAUAGAAUGCGAGCCCGGAGAUACAAUCAAUAUAAUUAGAGCGAAUUUCGGGAGAUUUUCCCUGACAAUUUGCAAUGAUCACGGCAACGUGGAUUGGAGUGUUAAUUGCAUGUCACAGAAGAGUCUACGAGUGCUCAAUUCCAAAUGCACGCAAAAGCAAAAUUGUAGCGUUUCGGCGAGCGCGAGUCUCUUCGGAGAUCCUUGCCCGGGCACACGAAAAUAUCUUGAAGCCAAUUAUCGAUGCGAGUCGGCAAUUCACACAACAACUGUAACAAAUCGCCUGUCGCCUCCGCCAUGGCAAGUUACGUCGCAACCAAGUGUUUGGAGUACGUCGACAAUUCGCACACCGACAACCUCUCGAACGGCAGGCGGAAAUCAGAAUUCGCAACAUGGCAAGGAAUCGCCUUUCGACGAGAUUUUCAAUGGGUUUCGUUUGACGACACAACGUUUCAAUUUGGGCGGCGUUUCUACCGGAAGCAGUACAGCGGUUGAUAAAGUGACAACAUCGACGCAAAGAAUCUCGAGUACGACGGAGGAAUCUUUCCAUGCUUCGAAAAAUGACGAGAAAAAGUUGCUCGGCGGCGGAAGACAUACCAUCGGAGGAUUAUCCUUCGACGAUACGAAAGCCGUGUCAGAUGAUCGCAACAUGAAUCGUUUCGGAGGACUUCCGUCGAUGGCACCGACAGUACAAGAGGAACAUUCCACGCCAUUUUCUGUACUUUUGAACACAAAAAACGGCGAAAACACAAAAAAUUACGAUCCAAUGAUGGAAAACUUCUUCUGUAGCCCAACGAUGGUUCGAAAUUUGUUUUGGAAUGUCACACGAGCAGGAGAUGUUAAUGUUCAACCAUGUCCCGGAGGAGCAACAGGCAUCGCUAAAUGGAGAUGUGUGUUAGCAUCGAAUCUCACAGAUGGGCAUUUAAGUUCGCCUCACACUUUUGUCUCGUUAGAAGCCCAAACAGAUGCGAAUGGAAACUCAUCCAACUUGAAUAACACAAACGCAAAAGCAGUUUGGUAUCCAGCUACGCCCGAUUUGUCACAAUGUAGAAGUUUGUGGCUUAAUAGUUUGGAGAUUCGAGUGAAUCAACGCGAUUCUUCGCUUAUUUCUAUUGCAAAUGAUUUGUCACAGGUAACUUCAAGUAAAACACUAUACGGAGGAGAUAUGCUUGUAACGACAAAAAUCAUCCAAACAAUGUCUGAAAAGAUGACAUACGAUAUUGAAACAUUCCCCGAUCAAAGACAACGCGAGACAACUGUAACGGAACUUUUGCAUGGCGUCGUCAAAACUGGAAGUAAUUUGCUGGAUCAAAGUCAAGAACCGUCAUGGCAUGAUUUGAGCUUUGAAGAUCAAAUGCGUGUCGCAACCUCAUUGUUAACAGGUUUAGAAGAUAAUGCCUUCCUGCUCGCUGACACAAUAAAUCGGGAGAGAAAUGUUGUUCAAAAAGUCAAAAAUAUCCUUUUAUCGGUUCGGAUAUUGGAAACUCGAAACAUCGCUGAAAACGAAGUUUUCCCUGAUUCGGAUUCUGAACAAUGGGAUGUGAGCGACGAUCAAAUUGAAAUUCCCAAAGGAGCUUUGAUCGAAAAUAAUGAAGGAGGACUUGUGCGUAUCGUUUUUGUUGCAUUCGAUCGUCUUGAGUCAAUUUUAAAGCCUGCAACUAUUUGGAUGGAUAGCAAAUUGACGAGCAAUACAGAUUCAACUCUACAAAAUAACGGCACAGAAAAGCAAGUUGAACCAAGAAAGCGCAUUCUUAAUAGUAAAGUUAUCUCAGCUUCUCUUGGAAAAGGGCGUCACAUUCAAUUAUCGCAACCAAUACGACUUACAUUACGUCAUUUGAUCAUGGAAAAUGUAACGAAUCCCUCCUGUGUCUUUUGGAAUUACAUUGAUCAUGCUUGGUCUGACGAUGGUUGUUACGUGGAAACGACAAAUCGCACUCAUACCUCUUGCAUGUGCAAUCACUUGACAAAUUUCGCCAUUCUCAUGGAUGUUGUAGAUGACAUUCCGACAUCUCUACUCUCGAUGCUCGACGACAACUUGAGGAUUCUCAUCUACAUUUCGAUUUCGAUCAGUAUCCUGUUGCUCGUCGUCGCCAUCAUUACGCUCAAAAUGUUCAACGGGCUCCUCAUAAAGUCGUGUCGCACAACCAUCUACCGUAAUCUGUACAUUUGCCUUCUCUUCAUUGAAAUUCUGUUCUUGAUCGGUAUUGAGUUGUCCGAAGAUCACGUUUUGUGUGGUUUCGCCUCUGCCUUUUUGCACUGCUCGUUCUUGAGUGCCACGGGAUGGAUCUUCUUCGAAGGCUAUCAAUUAUAUUUGACGUUAACUAGCGACGAUAUGUUGCUUGAGGUAGAGAAAAGUUCCCGCAUUCUGUGGUAUUAUUUGUUCACCUACGGCUUAGCAUUCCUAAUUGUGACAAUUUCCAUUGCCAUUGAUCCCUUUGUCUACACCCGAGCGGAUUAUUGCGUGUGGAUGGAACAAACAAACGUAUUUUGGUCGACAUUCAUCACACCAAUUAUUAUAUUUAUCGUGAUUAAUCUAGUUUAUUCAGCAAUGGCCAUCAAUGUUAUGAAUAAGAAGUACACCAAUUCACUUAAAACGAAGGAACACACGAGAUUGGCGAGUGCAAGUUGUAGAGCUGAAAAUGUUACAAUGAAUAAGAUUAAAGUUGUAAUAUUUUACCUCAGAUGCUCGUUCAUCUUCUUGAUCAUCUUUAUCUUGAAUUGGCUAUUUGCCUUCAUGUACAUGAAAAACCAAAAAUGGAAAGCUAUGGGAGUUGACUAUGCGGGAGAAGGUCUCACAUCGACUUAUGGAUAUCUCUUCAUUUUCUUCAACACGUUCCAAGGCGUUUAUAUUUUCGUUUUUCAUUGCAUUCAAAAUGAAAAGAUUCGUCGUGAAUACUGCAAAUUUGCUCAACGUCAAUCUUGGCUGCCCAAUUGUCUGCGAUGUGCUCAGCAACCUUCUGGCGUGCCAUCUACAUCAUCGAACGUUGCUCAUCAACUCGGAAACGGCGAAGGAGGUCCGAAUCAUUUGCCUGUCGGGACAUUGUUACCAUCUGGCGUUCCCGGAGGACAAUUAAUACCAACAGGAGCAACAAUUGAAGCGGGAGGAACGUUAUCGAGACAUCCGCAAAUGGGUACAAAAGGAAAACGAAUGAUUUAUGGAAUUGAUGGUAUGCCUGAAACGGGAACGUUGAGAGGUCAAAUAAUGCCUAUGGGAUCUCAAACUUCUCCAAUGAGUUCAACGGGAUCGACGCAAUUGAUCUAUAAUGGAGGAAGUAAUGCGAGACAUUUACAGGAAUGGGCGUAUCAGCAUCCCGAUAGUCAAAUAAAUAAAAAUGCUUUUGACGAGAGACUCUUAUAUUACGACACAAAUGCUGCCAAAAGUCUCAAACAAUCGAGAUCGCGUGAUAAUGAGUUGCACGACGAUGGACAAUCUCACGAAGUUUUCCAUUGGACUCAAGGAAGAAACAAGAAACAGCAUCGAAAACAUCCCGGAGGACCUGUUGGAUCUGCGAUGGCAAGUACAUUAAGCGGAAGUAAUCGUGAUAUUUAUCCGUCGUAUCACAAAAAACAUCCACACGAUCAUCAAAUGCAAGAUGCGGGCGAAGAAAAUUCGUAUCUUCAGAAUUAUCGACGUUACAUGCAAGCAGAAGCUGAUGCCGAGUUCCUUAGUCAAUACCAAAGACAAUUGCCCUACAAUCAGGCAUAUCCCGGCACAAAUCAUCGAGGGCAUCUCACGUCGCAACAAAUUGCAGCGCAACGUUAUUAUCAACAGCAUGGAAGUCAAUAUAUCGAAGAGCCCGUUUACGAAGAGAUCGUAAGUAGUCAAAUGGGCUCAACUUAUGGCGGUAUUCCGGAUAAUGCAAUGAUACAACGGAAUGGCUCGCGACGCAUGAGUGACGAUGAAGACGAUAGCGAAAUGGAUGACGAUGAUAUGGAGGUUGAAAGUGACAAUGAGAGGUUUCCGAACGGAGCGACCGACGAGGAAGACAGUGGAAGUCGCAGUAAUAAAGACGACUUAAGUAGUCGCCAGUCUUCGAGUCGGCCGCUUAUCAAAUCCUCAUACGACUACAAUCAAACCGCAGCUCAAGCAGCACAAGCCAUGAACGGACAAGAACCUCGUCAAAAUGGAAAUCCAUCAUCUGCAAUGCCUCAACAGAGAACACAAGGCCCCGGAAUCCCGAGUAGGAAUUUGUCAGCGAUUUUAGAUGAGAACAACACUGUUGUUUGUUAUCUCGAACCGCUAUCCAAGUAAAGUUACUUCGCAUCACGCGUGAAUUGAGAAAGGCUGAAAAAAGAUAUAUUUGAUAUGAAUUAUUAUCAUUCAUUUAAAAAAAAUGCCCUUUUACUGUAUUUAUUGAGAAACUAUUAUGAAAUUAAACACCGGUUUUAUAUGAAAGAAAAAAAAAAUAAUAAUUAAUAAUAAUAAAAAGUCACCAAUUUAUAUCGAUGUCACUUUUUUCAAAGCUAAAAUUAUUAUUAUUAUUGAUAAAAAAUGAUGUAAUAGUACUGUGAUAAUAGUUAAUUAAAUGUAAUAUUAAUGAUACUUUUUUAAUGGAUUAACGACGGAUGGAAUUUGAACCCUUUUAUUACCCUUAUCAUCGUCCCGUAAGCAAUUAAAACACUUCUACAGAUGAGAACAAUCAUCCGAAACACAUAAAUUAAAACAUUUUUAAAUCAAUAUAAAUUGUUGUUACACCUUUUAAAUAAUAAAAAAAGUAAAAUAAACUAAACUAAAAAAGUAAAGAAGAUUGUGUGCAAAAAUUAUACAUGUUAACAAAGUAGAACAUUAAAAAAAAUAUACUCCUUUAUAAAAAAAAUAAUAAUAAUUAAACUAAAUUAACACAAACAUAAUUGUCACACUUAAACAAAAAAACGCUAUACUAACAUAUGAAUGUUUCGCUUAGCGAGUCCAUAUUGCUGUUUAUUAAGUAAUUUUUUAAAAAAGAUUAUUAGCGCAUAAAAAAACAAUUAAAUAACUAACAAUAAAAAA